UCAAUCAUGGCUCUCUCUAUUUCAGUUACUGUUCCUACGCUAUUGUUCGGUUAUUUUCUAUCAAGGACAAUUUAUAACCUCUUCUUUCACCCUCUGGCGAAGAUACCUGGUCCAUUUUUCGCCAAGAUCUCAAGAUUCCCUGGUUUCUACCACGCAAUCAAGGGUGAUAGACACCUUUGGAUCUGGCAAUGUCAUCAAAUAUACGGCGAUAAAAUCCGCGUGCAGCCCAACCAGGUUCUGUUCCUCUCGCAGCAGGCACAUCGCGACAUAUACAAUUACAAGGCCAAUGUGCGCCGCGCAAAGACCUACGAAGCGUGGAAAACAACGGAAGACCCAAAUACAGGCUUGACUGUUGACCCUGCGGCUCACGCUCGGAAGCGCAAGGUGCUGAAUCAAGCCUUCACUGGAGAGUCUGUCAAGCAUGCGGCGUCGUUCGCCAUUGAGCAUACCGAUAGGUGGAUCGACCUCCUCGUCAAGGACGAGGAUAUCGUGACCGAGGAUGGAUGGAGCAAAUUGCGCAACAUGUCGGAUUGGACCAACUACAUCAUUUUUGACAUCUUGGGUGACAUCUGCUUCGGGCGGUCGUUCGAGAUCAAAGAACCUGGACCAAACCCCAUCCGAGCGAUACCUGACCUGGUUUUGCACAAUGCUGUAAUCUUCUAUGCGAUUCUGCAAUCUCCACUUGUGGAGUUCGUUGUAUGGGCCAAACCUAAAGGUUUGGACAACAUCCUGAACAUGAUCGCUCCCCCAGAAUUAAAGACCUACUACGACUUCAUCAACGACAGUGUGGCACGGCGUAUAAAGGAAGAGAAUGAAAGCACUGAAGACGAAAGGUCGGCGCGCCGUGACAUGUUCCACUAUCUCUGCAAAGUGCGAGACCCGAUUACUGCGAAGCCGUACUCAGAAGACACGCUCAAAGGCGAAGCCCUUCUGCUCGUUGUCGCAGGAUCCGACACCACCUCUACGAUCCUCUCUGCAUUCUGGUUCUACAUCUCGCGCAACAAAUCUGUAUAUACCCGUCUUGUGAAUGAAAUCCGCUCGACUUUCGCGUCUUCCGACGAGAUAGUGGGCGGCGCGCAGAAGCUACAGUCGUGCACGUACGUCUGGGCCUGUAUUGACGAGUGUCUACGCAUUUCGCCCGCAGGACCCAGUGAGCUCGCGCGCGAGACGCUCUCAGGCGGACAUACCAUCGACGGGGAACACUUCCCUGCGGGCAUAGUUGUAGGCUGCGGUAUCUAUGCCAUGGGUCGCAACGAAGAGAUUUUCGGCGAUCCGACCCGCUUUCGUCCGGAGCGCUAUGUCCCCUCCGAGGCAACAGGCGUUACUGUUGAAGAUGUCAAUAGGCUGAAGGCAUCCUAUCAUCCCUUCCUGACUGGUCCCACCAAUUGUGUCGGCAAGAACAUUGCAAUGACGGAGAUGGCGCUGAUCAUCUGCAGGACUUUGUUCAGGCUCGAUGUUAGAAGCGUUGUUGGUGAGGACCUAGGCGCAGGGCACCCCAGUUUGGGUUGGGGCAGGCGGGAUAGGUCGCAGUAUCAGAUUGCGGAUGCUUUCGUCAGUGUACACAAGGGGCCUUUGGUGCAGUUCAGAAAACGCAGCGUUUAG